AUGUCAAGCCCUCGCGCACCACCACCUACUUGGGAUAGUCCUCCAAGACUAUCUCCCUUGAAGUCCAAGAAGAACCUUCUUCCCUACCUUGAAGCAGCCGACCUGGAGACGUCUAGCCAAGCCGCAUCCUACAGAGAAGAACACCUUCUAGCCACACCAGAAGAGGAGAUUGACCCUGAACUGAUCGAGUUCGUGAAGAGAGAUCAAUUCCAUGAUCUAUAUUCGGAAGAAGCAUUCUUGGAGAGAUUUGCAAGGAGACCACCUUUCAAGUCCAAGUACAACCACUACUCAUAUCACAUUGAAGUGGAACGUGAUGAAGAAGAAUGGGGAGGCAUACAACCUCAUCCUGAGAUCAUGAAUGAAGAACUAGUCAAGCAUGUGGAGAGAGAUCCUUUACAUGAUUUUACUUCGGAGUGUGCAAAGGAGCAUCUAUACAACUUUGAGCAACUUUGCAACUACUAUGGUCUUGGAGACAACCCCAAGAAAAUACACCACAAAGAAGAAUGCUCAUAG